UCGAGCUGCGCCUUUUAAUUUCCGGUGUGUCGACAAACGGGAGGGUAGUUAGGAGGUUCUGUGAUUGUUACUUGCAUUUUUUUUCAACUUAAUAGUGUCAAAUUCUGUGCCUGGUUGGGUUUGUGGUGGCGCGUUUGCUCAGGUAGGCUGUUCUGAUUUUGAUGCUCCUUGGCUGUGCUUAUAUGCUUGUUGAGUCUAUGCUGCGUCCGAAUUGUGCGGGGUGCAUGUUUUAGUGCGCGUGUGGCAGUCCUCUCUGGGGCCUGCACAUGUUGUAGGCGGCUUGGUGCUCUCUUGGGUGUGAUUGUUGUGCAUAUGCUGAAUGCAUGCAUCUGCUGCAAUAUUGCAUUUACAUGACUCACAAGCAUGAUAAAUGUGUUGGUGAGCAUCUGCAUUUUGUGUGUACCAAUGGUUAUGUGGAGUCGUGGACAUUGAUGCGGCUGUGCUGAGUGCAGAUGCCAACAUGGCUUGCGAUCCGGCUUGACAUGCUUCUCCUUUGCCUUAUUUUAGUUUGUAAGGCUGUGUUUUUUUUUCUAUUAGGUUAUAAAUUUGAAGCUGAACUUUCUUCCAAAUGGAAAGGAAAUAUGGUUUAGUUCAGAAUAAUUGGUUAUGAAUAUCUGUGUAUAGCACUGAGACUUUCUAGGAUGCCCAGCUUGAAUUUAUAGCAAGGUAUUGAAACUAGGUAGCCGGUACCUGGCACUUGGCAGGUUGCUCACCAUAUAGUGCUUAUAAGGUACUCAGCCAUGCAACUGGUUUUCCUAUUUAAAUUCUGGAAUUUUAUAUGUAUACUCAUAGAGUAUCAAAAUAAAUAUGUAAUUGAUCUGACUUGGUGUAUAUUAUCUGAAUACAAAGGAAUUGUCAACACCUCCUGCUGCGUCAUAACAAUUUCAAAACAUAGUUAUGAGCAACAAGUGAUUAGUCAAUGAUGUUUAGACUUUAGACUAUGGACCUAAACAUCUGUGGAACAGUGAGCGCACUGGCACUGCUGCAGUCACCUCUACCCUCUAGGCACCUUGCUUUAAUUGAUCUGUAACUGCCUUACUGGCCUGUGAGCUGAUAUGACUGAUUAACUGACCUGUUAUACCUUUUAAACAUGUUAACUACUCGUUUUUUGCUUACUUGCAACCAUUGAGGAUAUCUGGUCCUUCACAAUAUGGCUAUCGCAGAAUCGUUUGUGGAUGGUUGUCCUUAUCCAAAGAAGCUGCUUGGAAUUCUAGGCAAUGUUAAGAAAAGAAGUGACGAACUUGCCUGUGCAUCUAGAGAACAAUCUGAUUCUGCCAAUGGGGUAGGAAACAAUGCUUCUUCGGGACCAAGAGGCGGUGGCAUUGUACCACCGAUUUCUGCUGCACACAAUACAACAGCUUAUGGAGAGGAGUUUGACACAACCAUCAUAACAUUUAACACUGCUCUCAUCCUUUACCAUCUUCAUGAUUACGAAUCUGCACUAUCUGUUUUGGAGCCAUUGUACCGAAAUAUUGAACCAAUUGAUGAGACAACUGCUCUCCAUGUGUGUUUUCUGUUACUGGAUAUUACAUUAGCUUUGCAAGAUGCAUUGAAAGCUGCAGACAUCAUUCAAUACUUGGAAAGAUCAUUUGGAGUAGCUAACACUAUGAAUCACAACGAAAAUGCUGGCACAGUUCAGCAGCAGUCUGCUCAACCAAAACCUCAUGCAAAAAGUAACACACCUCCAGAUUCUGAUUCAAACAUUUGUCCAGGUGCAUCUGAUAUUCUUUCAGUUGGGAGUUUCUCAGAAGAUACUCUGGAGUUUGAAUCUCUGUACUCUACGUUGGAUCGUGGAAAUCAAUUGGGCAGACCUAUCUUAAAUGAGUUCUCGAGGGCAUCAGCUGAUCGUGCUGCCACUGCGGCUGAUUUGAAAGUUAGACUACAAAUUUACAAGGUCCGGCUACUACUUCUCACAAGGAACCUGAAGGUUGCCAAACGAGAACUCAAAGUUUUAAUGAACAUGGCACGUGGUAGGGAUUCAUCAAUAGAGCUUCUCUUGAAAUCUCAGCUGGAGUAUGCACGAGGAAACUAUAGGAAAGCAGUGAAGCUGUUGAGCACACCCAAUAAUCGGACUGAACCAGUAAUGCUAGCCAUGUUCUACAAUAAUCUUGGUUGUAUACUCCAUCAGCAGAGAUCCAACCAUUCAUCAAUAUUGUGCUUUAGCAAAGCACUGAAAUAUAGCUUGUCUCUUCGGUCAGAGAAACCGUUGAAGCUGUCUGCGUUUUCACAAGACAAAUCUUGUCUUAUAUCAUACAACUGCGGUAUCCAACAUUUGAUGUGUGGUAAACCUCUGUUAGCAGCUCGCUGUUUUCGUGAGGCCAUGCCGCUUUUGUACCAUCGGCCCCUCUUUUGGCUCCGUUUUGCAGAGUGUAGCCUGCUAGCACUAGAAAAGGGCUUCCUUACUGCAAGUGGUGCUACUUCAUGCAACGACGAGGUUGAAAUUCAUGUUGUGGGAUCAGGGAAAUGGCGUCACUUAGUUAUCAAUCCGGUUAAGUCCAGAAGUUGUUUUUCAGAUUCUGGGAGUUCAGAUAAACAUGGAAAUUUGAUCACACUUAGAUUUGCUAGACAGUGUCUACUCAACGCCCAACUUUUAAUGGAUGAUUUUGAGCAGGAAAAUUCUGUGAUUGCCUCAGAUACAGAGGAUUGCAACCAAGGAGCACAAUGCCAGAAAAGUUCUGGUCAGAACACAAUGAGUGUGGAAUCGAAAACACCUUCUGGUCCAACACAAGCUAAUGCAAAUGGAGAACAAAAGGGAGCAGCGAGCUUGAAUGCCACUCUGCAGAGCUCUCUUGGUAUGUAUGAUGCCAUCUGUAGAAAAGAGAACCUCAAAAUUCGACAAGCCAUCCUGGGGGACUUGGCGUUCAUUGAAUUGUGUCUUGAGAAUCCCUUGAAAGCUUUGUCUAUUGCCAAGUUGCUGCAGCAGCUUCCGGACUGCUCAAGGAUGUAUUUGUUCCUCAGUCAUGUAUACGCAGCUGAAGCUUUGUGUGCACUGAAUAGACCAAAGGAGGCUGCUGAGCAGUUGACUGUUUAUUUGAGAGAUGGCAAUGACAUUGAGCUGCCCUACAGUGUUGAGAACUGUGAAAAGGCCCCUGUUGAGAAAGACAGCGAUGGUGAAGACUCGCACGCUCCUGCAGUCACAAAACUUACCUCAGAAGAAUCUCAGCAUUCGUUGUCUCUCAGUCCUGAGGAUGCUUGUGCUGUUGUGUAUGUUGACCUUGGCAUGACCGCUGCGAUGCAGGGGGACCUCGAGCAGGCAAACUACAUGGUGAAUCGUGGUUUUGCAAUGUUACCCAACAAUCCAAGGGCAUUGCUGGCAUCUGUUUAUGUGGACCUUCUGCAGGGGAAGGUGCAAGGGGCUAUGGGAAAGCUGAGACAGUGUAGAAACGUGAGGUUUAGGACCACUGGUAGCGUAGCAGCCAGCAGAUAGGAUACAACCUAUUUUGAUCACUUCUUUAUAGUCGAUAAUUGCUCUUUUCAUCUUUUGGACCCUGACCCUUGUGGAUGAUCAUCAUGAAAGAUCGUAAUGUUUUUCUGUGUAUCAUACAUAAGAAAAAGAACUGUAGAUCCCAUCUUUAGAUUUCCCAGAUUAUGGGUGUAAUUUGUUGAGGUUACCUAAGUUCUCGUUUGGGGCACUUUUUAACUGAAGAGAGGUGAACUGGUGUUGUUCGUUCUGAUAUUCGUUCAUCGUUCAUUCAGGAAACGAACACGGAAAGAGCUUCUGGUUA